CUAAAAAGAGUAGACAGAAGGCACCAGGCACACCUCUUUGGGGAGCUUAUUCCAAAGUCGGGGGCCACCACUGAGAAGGCCCUUCUUGUAGCCACCCUCAUAAUUUCCUUCACAGAGGGCUCUCCGAGAAGGACUUAGAUGAUGAUCUUAGAGUUUGGGUAGAUACAUAUGGGAAGAGGUACUACUUUAGAUAACUUGUCCCAAGCCAUUCAGGCCUUUAAAUAUUAAUGUUAAUACCUCAAAUUGGGUCUGGAUUUCAACUGAACUGAAUUGGGUCUGGAUUUCAACUGGUAACCAACGGAGUUUGUAGAGGGCUGGCGUAAUGUGUUCAUGUCAGCCAGUCCUUGUCGGCUGCCUUGCUGUCCUUUUCCAGACCAAUCGGAGUUUCCAGACCAUUUUCAAAUGCGGUCCCACGUAGACAGUAUUACAAUAAUCCAAAUGAGGGGUUACCACAGGAUGGAUUACUGUUGCUUGGUUCUGUCUGGCCAGAUAGGGUUGUAGUUGAUGAAUCAGCUGAAGCUGAUAGAAAGUACUCCAGGCCACUGAGUCCUCCUGAGAUCCCAGUGACAAUUCAGGAUCCAAGAGCACUCCCAAACUAGGAAGCUUGUCCAUGGGGGUGGGGGUACAACCCCAUCUAAGAGAAGUGUAAUAGCACCCACCUGGACAGAAAGUCCCUUCACCAACAGCACCUUCAUCUUACCUGGAUUAAGUUUUAGUUUAUUGGCCCUCAUCCAAUCCAUUAUCAAGCCAAGGCAUUGAUUCAAAGUGACCAUAGCCCCACCUGAGUAAGAUGAAAGAGGUAGAGCUGAGUUGUCAGCAUACUGAUGACAUCUCAGCCCACACCUCUCAAUAACCUCCCCCAGCAGUAUCAUGCAGAUGGCGUAAAUGCUCUGACACAGAGCAAUAAUCCCUCAGCACUAUCUUCUGGAAUUGGCCAGUCUAGGAGCAGAAUCACUGCAGUGCAGUUUCUCCAACUUCCAACCCACCUAGCCUAUCCAGAAGGAUACCAUGAUCAUUGGUAUCAAAAGCUGCUGAGAGGUCCAGGGUGACCAAGGCAGUGUUCCAUCCAAAACCGGUCCUGAAGCUCUAUUGAAGUGGAUCAGGAUGAUCUGUUUCAUACAAGAGUGCCUGGAGCUGUUCAGCUACCACUUGCCCAGGAAGGGGAUAUUGGCCACUGGCGUAUAGUUGUUAAUGUCUUCUGGAUCCAGGUUAGACCUUUUUUUUCCAAAAGUAUUUUAAAGAGGCUGGGCCUACAUCCUCUUUUCAAGAGCUUUUACAGCCUCCUGGACCCUUUCUUACUUUGAUAAGCUAUAAUGGACAAGGACACUCACACAGGCAGUGGGCUGAACUUAAUAAAACACCUUGUCUACCUCCUGAGGCCUCAAUAACUAACUCAUCUAACAAAAUUGGACCAGAUGCUGCUCUGGAUGCUUCUGUUAAUGGAACUGCAUUAAAUGUGGAGCCCCAUUCAUGACAAAUCAGCAACUUUGUCUUCAACAUGCUGUGCAAAUGAAUCAUAGUGAGCUAGUGAAGGUUCCGCAGUGUCUUUCUCUGAUCCAAUUUGUAAAAGGCUGUGAACCACUCAGAAAAGCUCUGCUGGAUGGCACUAAGGGGCUGCACUGCUGGUGGAAAAGAAUAGCCUCCUUGCCACCCACACUGCCAUGGAUUAGGCUCAGUAAUGAGCUCUAAGCCAUGUCCAUUCAGAUGCAUCAUGCAUUUUCCUCUAGCUGUUGCUGCUCAGCUACUGGGUGUUACUGUGUCAGCUGCUCUGAUCAUCUCCAUAGUCUACAGAGCAACGUGAAUGUGGUGAGCUGAAUUCUCCCAGCAGUAGCAGUCUCAUCAGCACUUCUUGCCAAACAUAAUUAUUUCGAGCAUAUACAAAGCAAAAUGGUGAACCCUCUGGCCUUCUUCACCCAAAGCCUUGCAUAUGAAUCCUGACCCUGUAGGUAGGAGUGCUGUGGAACUGGGCAUGCCUUCACUCCUCCCACUGAGAUCCUGAAUGGGCCAACCCUACAAGUGUGACGACGGACUAUUGGGUCCACCUCCUCAAGAGGCUGGAGUUCCCCAUUCAAUAGCCUCCCCAUCUCUAAAUCUCCCCCCUCAGGAGGUUGCUGCUCUUUUUUGUUCCCAUGGGAGGGUUGCCUGGGCCCCGUGAAGUAAUCUCUCCUAUAGCAGGCACAGGGCCUUGGACUGGAGCUGGAACUGGGUCUGUUUCAACAAAUCUCAUUAUCGGAGUCUGAACUGUCAGACCUGCUGGGUUAGAGCAACUCCUCUGCGCACAUCUCAUUCUCAGAAUAUGAACUGUCAGUCCAGUCAAAAUGGUCAGCCUCUUAUGUUUGCUCCUGAAGUUUGCUAGAACAUGUAUGCACAACACUUGAGCUUCGACAGGAAGGUGGCAAUGGGCCUGAAUACUGGUUGAAAAAUGCCUGAUUGAGAGGCCCAGAAACAUGUCCAUAAGCAUAGGGGUAUUGUGAAUGGUCUUAUAUCAAGUCUACUUUAUUGUGCAUCCUACUUUAUUGUUAUCAGUAUGGGUGGGUUUGCAACUGAAAUUACUUUCCCUCAAGCUGACAGAUGCGUAGGCAUGGGCUGUGUCCCCUGCUUCCACCUCCUUUAGCAUCUUGGAGCUCCCCACAUGAAUAAGGGUGAGAAAGCAAGAUGCCAGCAGGCAAAAAUGGGCAGUUUCAGCUGCUGCCAUUCACUUCCUCACCCAGUGCUCCUGACAGAACAGAGAAAGGAAGGGCUGGGUGGUCUUGUGCUGGGCUUGGAAGUCCAGAACAAGUUGACUCACUGCUAAGCUGCGGUCUGCUGCAGCUGAGAAGCAUGGACGCCAUCCUGUGCCCCUUUCCACUUGUCAGCUAUGGUGUGCCUGGGAGGAGGCCUGGCUGACCACACCAUUCUGGUUUGCUGUCCAACAUCUCUGAGAUGUGAGGUGGGGUGUAACCUGGUGUCUGCUGUCCACCCCUUUCCCAGUCUUGACUGGGGACUUGAAAAGAUGGUGUGUGAUAGGCACUUGGUCUGCCUAUCACCCCAUUUCCUCCUAUACUUGCUGGGGAGAAGGGGGAAUGGGGUUCAGGGUGCUUAGGUGUUGUGUUUGUCUUGAGUAAGGAGAAUAGAAUGGUUCAUUCCUGCUCAUCCCCACUGUUGCAAUGACAGCAGGUGGGAUCCAGCCACUUCACCUUGCUUUUUCUGAACACUGUCUCCCCAGGCUCCAUUUGCAACAUAGAAUGGAAUCAAGUUGAUUCCCCUGGACACUUGCCAAUGCAGGAUUGCUCAUGAGGGAUCCUGCUCUUUCACAUCAUCUGGAACCUGGGGGAAGUUGAUGACAGCCACACUUUGCCAGCUGAUAUCAGCUGGAGCCUCUGGCCAAACCUAAGUUUGGACAACAUGUUAAGGGGGGAGGGGGUUAGUUAAUCCCUGGAACAAGCCAUGGUCAACUGGGGUAGAUUAUGAGACACCCCACUGGUUGGCAGUAGCUCUCCAGGAUAUCUGACAGGAGACUUGCCUGGCUCUAUCGAGAUGGCAGGGAUUGGACUUGAGACCUUCUGCAUCCAAGAGAUUUACUCUGCUACUAAGAUAUACAAUCCCCCUUCAAAAUAAACCUUCAUUCGUAUUAGAACAAGUUUGAGUUGAUCUUUGGGAUUCAGUACUAUGGUUGGUGCUUUAUGUAAGCGAUCUGUGCCAAAAGCGUCCUGGAAAAGAAUGACCUGUGAACCUGGUGCCAGGUCAGAUAACCCCUCGAAACUGAUCUUUAGAGCUCCUAGCAGUGUUUCCACGUGGACAUUUUAUUUAACACAAUCUGAUCUUCUGUCCAUCGCCAUUAGAUCGUACGAGACCUUUAGGGUUGUGCAAGAGCUGUAUCCACGCUUGCUGUCCUCCCACGUUCCCCUCAUUCACAUCGCGGCGACCCGCCUUUCCCCUUCCGCGUGGUGCUUCGCCCCCUGCGCUCCUCUCGGCUUCCGUAGCGCGCUUCCUCCCGCACGAGAAAGUCGCGUCGCUUUCUUGUUUCCAUGACGACCGCGAAGGUAAGGAGGUAGCUCUUGUUUACCUACGCUGUUUCUAUGGCGCCAUGGCUGGACAGCGCUCCCGGCAGCGGAGAGAGCCAAGAUGGCAGAAUGGCAGCUGCUCCGGGCUUUGCGGGGAGGACCCGGGACGCGCUCUCUCUCACUGACAGCGAAGGGGCUGCAUCGACUGCCCCGGGACUUGGGGAAGAUGAAGAACCUGGAAGAACUAAGCCUGCGGAACAAUAAACUUCACUGCCUGCCCCAGGAAAUAGAGGCUCUGAGCCGGUUGAAGGUACUGAAUUUGGGAAACAAUAAUUUUGAGGAAGUUCCAGAGCAAUUGCAAUACCUCGAAUCUUUACAGAAGCUUCAUUUAUUUGCAAACAAGAUCACCAGAAUUUCACCUUUAGUAUUUGAUGGAUUGCAGAAUUUAGUAUUCCUCAAUCUGAACAAUAACCAGCUUAAUUGUCUUCCUCCAGAGAUUCACAGGCUUGGAAAUCUUGAAUGUUUGAGUGUGGACAAUAAUCGCCUAGAAUGUAUUCCCAAAGAACUGUGUUAUCUCCAAAAACUACAUGAACUCCAUUUGUCCAACAAUUCAAUCAUUGCACUUCCUGAAGAGAUUCGAUAUCUGACAAGGCUCAAGGUCUUAAUUUUGUCAAGAAACCAAAUAAACAAUCUCCCUGAUGGACUUUGCAAACUGAAGAGACUUAGAAUUCUAGAUGUAGCAGGAAACAAUAUCCAGAUUUUCCCUGCUGAAAUAGAAGAACUUGAGCUUGAGGAACUUUAUUGUGAAGGCAAUCCAUUGUUUCAGAAGAAUCCAGUUAGUGCCGUGCAAGAGGAGGACAUUUUGACUCUUAAGGAGGUAACAGCAAGAUUUAUUUUCACUCAGCUGGAAAAUAAAAACUGUUAUUUACAAACAGCAAUAAAACAGAAUUUAGAAGUCCAGAAGCUACUUUCCCACAAACAAGAAUGUGUUCAUUGCGGAUGUGGCUUUCUGGGCAUGUGGCUAGAAUGCGUGCAGUUUGUGGAUGUAAAACAGCGAAUGAAGACAAGCAGAAACUUGCAGCUCUUACCUGUUAGGGCACUGCUUUGUUCAUACAAAUGCUUUAACCGUCGCGACCAUGGACUCUUUGGAAUUGCUGUUCCCUAGACCGAGCAAUGAAUGGCGCACAUCAACCAUCUUGUAACAAUGUUGGCAUGCUUAAGAACGUAAACUGAAGUUAGCAUCUGAACAACAUCACGUUCAAUUUAAAAUGUAUGGUUGUGUUGGUGCAACGGUUGCAGAGAAAUGGGCAGGAAGUAUUCCCUACAGCUGUGCAGGACUGCUGGUAUGGUUUGGCAGACCUGACCUUGUUCCUGAAAAUGGAUGACUCAAGCUAAUGACAUUGUUUAGCAGUGAGGUAAAGUUUUAUCAUAACCAA